AUGUCGUCUCCCAGUCCCAUCCCACCUCCCAACGACCGACGUUCUUCACGCUCCUCGCGCUCUUCCAGCAACGCCGCCUGGACAGGCUGGCCCGACGAGCACGACGACAGAAUCAUGGUCGGUGGCCCUCCAAGCAGCCCCUCGCCCCUGGCUGUCCGCGUGUCCAAUUCGCCAUCAACGGCGCGUCGUCACAGCCGAAUCGUCAAAGUACCCCCCGAGUUCGCCAACCUCGACUACGUCUCCGCGCCCGACAGCAACCUCGUCUGCCUCAUCUGCCAUGCGCCCUUCGACAGGCCCGUCCAGCUCUCCUGCGAGCACUACUUUUGCCGCGAGUGUCUCGAUCACGCGUGGGCCCCGCAGCCCAGCGGCCGGCGGACGUGUCCUACGUGUCGGCAUGCUGUGGAGACGGACCAUGACAUUCGCCCUGUGCCCAGGAUCAUCGAGACAAUGCUCGAUGAGCUGGUGGUCAAGUGUCCCAACACAAAAGCCGGCUGCAAUUGGGUCGACCAGCGCGUCAAUGUCCACGAUCAUGUCAUGCUGUACUGCGAAUACACGCCCGUCGAGUGCUCUGCCGCAGACUGUCGCCUGCAGAUAUCCCAAAAGGAUUUCCACAAGGGCUGCUUGCAUUACACCGUCAGCUGUGACGACUGCCACGCUUCCCUGCUAAAGAAGGACCUCGAGGAGCACCAGCGAAGCCUCUGCGACAAUCGUCUGACCAUCUGCUCGCUGUGUGAAGCUCAAGUCCUCCGUCUAGACCUCAAACCCCACAUCAACAACGACUGCCCCAAACAUGUCAUAUCAUGCCAAGGCACAAUCGUAGGCUGCAAGUUCACUGCCGAACGAGUCGACGUCUUGAACCACGAAAGCAGCUGCGCAAUGGCGACAAUGGCCCCCCACUUCCGCGAGCAACAAGCCCGCAUCGAGCGCAACGAAGCAAGACUAGAACCCCUGACACGCAAAGUCGGAAUCCUCGAAGACGGUCUUACAAAUAUCACCAACUAUCUUUAUCCCGCCAAUGGAAACGACGCGAGUUUUCCCGUCACCGAUCCUUUGGAUCCAAACGAUGCGCAGGCUCCUACGCCAGACUUCAGACUCCCGCCUGCGUCGUUCCCACCGGCAGGGAGUGAGAACAACAACACCACACAACCUCCUUUCGACUCGCAGGUCCAUCAUCUGCUUACACUGCAUGAUAGCCUGCGGGAAGAAGUCAGUCGCAUCGCAAAUGCGCUUACCGACCUCGACGGCCGCACCAACAUGAUGAUUAUAAACGAGAGUCAACGCUCAAAAGACGAGAUGUUGCAUGUCAACGCCGCUAUCAGCAAUAUGCGCAUGCACUUGCAGUGGGUGGUCAGUGCGACGCUGCAGCAGAGGAGUAACGCUGCCGGCGGCGGUUCCAGGACACCGGGCAGCGGUGCUACGACUGCAGGGGCAAGCGGCGCAAGCAACGGCGCACGAGCAAAUACUGGUGCUAGGCCGGGCAUGGGUGUCCCUGUCGUUUUUGCUAAAAUGUCUGGUAAUACUAAUUCAGAUAUCCUAAUUGCCGGCGCAAUAGCAGCCUUCACAGUAGACCUCCUCGUAUACCCCCUCGACACGAUAAAAACACGCAUCCAAAGUCCGCAAUAUGCAAAACUGUACACAGAUAGUCGGACAGGCAAGGUCGAUCCCAAGCUAUUCCGCGGUGUAUACCAGGGCAUCGGAAGUGUAAUCAUCGCUACGUUGCCUAGCUCAGGAGCCUUCUUCACGACAUACGAACGCACAAAGUCGCUGUUUACAACCUGGAACACCAAUACCAAAGGCAAGGAUAUCCUCCCCAUCGCCCUCGUCCACGCAUCCGCAUCCAGUCUCGCAGAACUCGUAUCCUGCGCCAUCCUCACGCCCGCAGAAGUCAUCAAGCAAAACGCGCAAAUGGUAUCUUCCUCUAAUCCUACAAACGCCACGCUCGACACGCUGCGCAGGUUUCGGUCUAACCCUUUGGCGCUCUGGCGCGGCUACACGGCUCUCGCGGGCCGCAAUCUGCCUUUUACGGCGAUGCAGUUUCCGCUUUUUGAGAGGCUGAAGGGAGGGAUCAAGGAGUAUAGGGAUGAGAAGGGGUUGACGAGGGGUGGGGUCGUCGAGAUGGGUGUUAUUACUGCGGUUAGUGCUGGGAGUGCGGGGGCGGUGUCGGCGGUGAUAACGACGCCGAUUGAUGUUGUGAAGACGAGGGUCAUGUUGGCGGCUGGUGAGGGUGGUUCUGGCUCUGGGUCUAGCAAAGAUGUGCAGAGUGGUGGUGCUAGUGGGGGAAAAGCAGGCUUAGUCGACGCCCUUGGUAACUCGUCAAAAGACACGGUAAAGAAGGUGGCGGAUUCCGUCAAAGGCCGAAAGAGUAGUUGGGCAAUAGGCAAGGAGAUUGUAGAAGAGAAGGGAUUCAGAGGGCUGUGGAGAGGCGGUGCGUUGAGGGGUGUUUGGACGUUUAUCGGGGCGGGGUUGUAUUUGGGGGCUUAUGAGAGUGGGAGAGUUUGGCUGGCGGGACGGAGGGGUGAGAAGGUUGAUGAGGAUGAGCUGUUUUGA